UUAAUGCUCAGCGAGUGGGAAAAGUUACUAUAAAUGAGCUACGAAAACGAGGAAUGACAGGAGAGCAACUACGGCGCAUUAUGUGGGGUCGAGCUUCUAUUUCCACUCCUCAGAAGAUAUCAAAGAAGAUGCCUGUAAGCAGUAACCCACUGGCAGACUUACUGACAGAUGUUGUGCCUCCUCCAGAAGACAAGCCAGCACCUGCACCAUCUCUUGGGGGAGGGUUUGGUGAUGCUCUCACAGCUGCUCUAGAUGUCAUUGCCUUUACUAACGACCUUGACAUAUCAGGUCCCUCCCCAUAUUCUACAGAAAAUGGGCCAUUGGCUGAAGAUCCGUUCUUAGAGCUGUUCCUCAGUUCUGAGCAAGAGACACUUGACGUGGCACAUUUGACUGCUCUAGCUGAGGCAGCUGUUGCUGCUUCCAUUACAGAACCAAAGCAAGAAAUGCCUGUUCCAGAUCCAGUAUUGUUGGCUGCUAAAGCCAAUCUUGAACAAAUUUCAAAUUUAGAGCCCAGUGACAGUGAUGGACUGGGAGAUGGGCCACUUCUGGGGCGGGGCUCUCGUGUGAAACGAGCCAGGUCUGCACACCAGCGAGUUGCACUUCAGUCCUCGGAUAAACAGCAGCUAUUCCGGCGAAAUAAUGGAGGAGACUCCAGUUCUAACACCUCCAGCCUGGACUAUGAACUUUCAACCCCUGCCUCUCUCUUGCGGCUCACUUCACCACCUACAGGCAAGCCUAUUAAGGCUCCCAGACCCAAGGAGGUUACCAAGGCCAGACCUCGACCUAAAACUGCUAGAGUCAAUAGGGUUGCUCCAGCCUGUGAUGUACCUAACAGAAGAGGAGCCUCAGCAACUUCAGCUGUUUCCCCUCCUCCGCCUCAAUCUCCCCCAGAUCCCCUGGAGCCUUGGAGUACUCGAGGCAUUACUAACAUGAACACCAUUCUAGCCUGGCCUCAGAGUGAUCAUGACAGUCUCUAAUAUGUACCUCACUAGCACAUCACUAUCUCUUUGAGUCCUUGAGUAAUUGAGUCUUUACUAAAACAGAACCUGGCCUGUCUCCAAAGUGAUCAUGAUAAUCUCUAAUAUGCAUCACAGCUAUAGCACUCCAUUUUUGUAUCUACACUGAUUCUAGCAGAAACAGUGAAAUGCACUUAAAAACUUGUAUUAAUAAAACAUGUUAAAAGUCCAUAUUUUUUAAUCACGACCAAUUUCAAAUCAUAGCAAAUUGAUUAGUUAAACUGCUGUCACUUUCAUGUAUAUGAUUUUAAAUUAAUACACUUCUGUGAUAUUAAUUUGACUUAUUUAUUCUUAGUUGAAUUCAAAUCAAAUUUACAUGGUUUAGUAUUUUUAACAAAUCGAAUGGAUACUUUUGAUUCAGAUUAAUAAAACAGUUCUUUAGUGUUUAA